ACUUUCUAUUGGAUUUCAAUCACCAGCGAUUACGGACGUUCCGCCACCACACCACUUCAUAAUCAAGGUAAUAUUGUAAGCCCCCUUGAAUUUUAAUAUACCUAUUAAAUAAACCGUCAAACUUAAUUGUAUUUCAAACUAAAACCUGGUGCUUUUGUUUUCUUAUCUUUCCAAUAAAAAACACUGGUGCACUUAUCGAGUCUAUACCCAUUAAGUCGCCAGGGUUUUUCAUGGUCCAUCUUCGCCAGGAACUAUAAUUAACCAGAGCAAAGCAAAUACAGUCCACUGCAGCUAAACAAAGGCGCCAUUCUUUGAAUAUACCAGCGGUCAAGGGUCACUAGCGGUCUCCAGAUUAUUACAUCUGCGUAUACAACCGUCCGCCAGCAUCAACUGGAGAAUUGCCACAAACACCAGCGUGAAGUUACAAUAAGUCGGGAACGUACCACAUCAGUACACAACACCCAAAUUAAGCACCAGCACCACAUUAAAAAACAUUCAGGAGUUUUAAAGAAUGCCUCGCUUCACGGCCACCCGCACUAAGACCGAAAAACGUGUCGAUCAUUUUAAGAUUCCUUGUCGGUUGUGCGGUAACAACCACGGAGUACGACUCUGCCCCAUAUACCGAGGGAAAUCCGCAGAGGAAAGGUUGCGGGCGAUUUUGAUACAUCGGUACUGUCCCAACUGUUUGUCGCCAUUCCAUCGGAUCGAAAUAUGUGGAAGCAAUGACCGAUGCCACCGCUGCGGCGAAAAGCACCAUACCUCCCUGCAUAUUGAAGACUACGGCGAUCCAAGGGAAACGACGGAAAAUCACCCCGAUAACGACGACGGCUCUGACGGAGCGAUUUCGCUCUACGGUUCCGAUCAAACGACGUCAUGGGCGAAGCAGGUAGAGGCAGAAGAGGUGGAAAGACGGGAAGAGAUAAUCCCUUCACCACCAGACGGCGGCUUGAAAACCCGCAAGAUUCGACCGCCGCUACAGCACGAACUUGAAGCAGACAGUCCCAUUCCAGCAGUGCUCACACACACACAGCCAACGGGCGGUCAACGAAAUGACGCGGAAACUAGUCCUUUUCGCUCAUAUCGGCGCGGAACCAAUUCUGGCCACCGAGAUGACGCGGAAACUCGUCCUUUUCGCUCAUUUUGGCGCAAACGUAAUUGCAGCCAGCGUGAUGGCGCGGAAACUCGUCCUUUUCGCUCGUCGCGUUGGCAAGCAAUAAGGGCCGCACGACACCGACGUGGCGACCGUUCCUCCCUCACCAUCCAACGCAUUCCAUCGGGUGGAUUCCGGACAGGCAAGUUAAAAACAAUCGCGGUUCCAGCACCAAUAAUGCGCUCAUUCGUAGCCAUCGCCCCAACCGCAAUUGUACGAAUCGAGUCAGGCGGCCGACUUCAUCUGGUGCGGGCGUUGAUUGACUCUUGCGCCCCCAGCAGUACCAUCGACAGGGACCUAGCACGGGAGCUUCAGCUCGAAGUCAGCAACGCCCGCGCGAAAACAUGUUCCCUCGUGCUGCGAGGAAAGUACGGGGUCGCGGAACGAGUAAUUACUCAGGCCAGGCUAGUUACGCGAUACAACCGACUCAGCCCCGCGGCUAACAUCGACCCAACGAUAGCGACGCCGUUUCAAUUUAUGCGUCUGGCGGAUCCACAGUUCUAUCGGGCCACCCCCACUCGACUAACACUUGGCGCUGAUGUAUACGCCCAGGUCAUGGUAUGUGGCACUCCGCCAACAACGAUCGGCGGUUUACUGGCGCAAGCUUCCAUGUUCGGGCUGAUUAUAUCAGGAGCUCACCAAAUGUGACAAAAUAGUUAAAAUUUUAUAUUUAGUAUUCAUGAAUACAUACCGAAUUUAAAUAAAAGUGCAAUGAAAUGAUCAA